UGCUCAGUUCCCAACCCUGGUCUCUUUCAGGUCCUGGGAGCUCCUGGUUGGCAAGUGACAUCUCUGGGGUGUAAGUGAGGCUGGUUUGAAGCUAGAGGUAAACAGACGGUCACUGCCCCCACCAUGUCGCAAGUGAUGUCCAGCCCCCUGCUGGCAGGAGGCCAUGCAGUCGGCUUGUCUCCCUGCGAAGAACCCAGGAGGGCCCUGCACCCAGCACCCAGCCCCGGCCUGCCACUGCAGUGUCCCUACUAUACCACAGAAGGUUGGGGAGCCCAGGCCCUGAUGGCCCCCACACCCUUCAAGGGGCCCCCCAGCAGGCUCCAGCAGGGUCCACAGGCUAGAGCCAAAGCCAGCUGCCUCCUGCAGUCCCCUGGGGAGCAGACCUCAGGGACCCUGGAGGAGCUCGACUCCUACAUUGACUUCUCACUGGAGAGCCUCAACCAGAUGAUUCUGGAACUAGAUCCCACCUUCCAGCUGCUCCCCGCAGGAACUGGUAGCCCCUGGGCUGAGCCCACCCAGAGCACCACCUCAAGGAAAAAGAAAGAUGAGCCUGAAGCCUUGGACAUAAAGUACAUCGAGGUGACCUCCACCAGAUCAAGGUGUCAUGAUGGCCCCCAGUGCUGCUCCAGCCCAUCUGUCACCCCGCCCUUUGGUUCCCCACGCAGUGGUGGCCUCCUCCUUUCCAGAGACAUCCCCCGAGAGACUCGAAGCAGCAGCGAGAGCCUCAUUUUCUCUGGGAGCCAGGGCAGGGGGCACCAGCGCCCCCCUCCCCACUCUGGGGCUCCCUCUUCUCAUCCCCCACCCUCUCCCAGCAUCUCUAUCCCCGGCAUGGGGAACAAGGCCUCGGGCCCCCAUGGCUUGGGCUCCCCACUGGCAGCUUCUCCAGGCUUGGAGAAGGGGCUGGGGGGCCUGGCCCCACAGCAGGGCAGCAGGGUCUCUGUGUUGUCAGCCAGCCCAGCAUCCGAUGUCAGCUACGUGUUCGGAAGCAGCCAGUCCCUCCUCCACUCCAGCGUCUCCAGCCAUCAGUCAUCUUCUAGAUCCUUGGAGAGUCCAGCGAGCUCUUCCUCCAGCCUCCACAGCCUUGGCCAAGUGUCUCCGGGUACAAGAGCCAGUGACUUCCAGGUCCCCAGCAACCCCACCCCAAACAUGGGCCAGCCCAGAGCAACUCACUCCCCACCACUGGCCAAGGAGCACGCCAACAGCUGCCCACCAUCCAUCACCAACUCCAUGGUGGACAUACCCAUCGUGCUGAUCAAUGGCUGCCCAGAACCAGGGUCUCCCCCAUCCCAGCAGAUCCCAGGACACCAGGACUUUGUCCGACCUGGGGCCCCUUCUUCCAGCAAGUCUUGUCCAGCCACCAGGAGCCACAGCCAGACCCCUCUCACCACAUCCUCAGAGGGUCCCACCAGGGACAUGCAGCCCACCAUGAAGUUUGUGAUGGACACAUCUAAAUACUGGUUUAAGCCAAACAUCACCCGGGAACAAGCAAUCGAGCUGCUGAGGAAAGAGGAGCCAGGGGCUUUCGUCGUGAGGGGCAGUUCUUCCUACCGAGGCUCCUUUGGCCUUGCCUUGAAGGUGCAGGAGGCCCCUGCACCUGCCCCGAACCGAUCAGGUGAGGACAACAGUGACCUCAUCCGCCACUUCCUCAUCGAGUCUUCCGCCAAAGGGGUGCAUCUCAAAGGAGCAGACGAGGAGCCCUACUUUGGGAGCCUCUCUGCCUUUGUGUGCCAGCAUUCCAUCAUGGCCCUGGCCCUGCCCUGCAAACUCACCAUCCCACAGAAAGAAUUGGGAGCUGGAGACUCCUCAGACCCCACUACAGACAGCCGGGCCUCCCACCUGAAGAAAUCUGCAGGGUGUUUUUCCGGCGCCAUUACCCCCUCACCACCCUCCGCUUCUGUGGCAUGGACCCCGAGCAACGGAAGUGGCAAAAGUACUGCAAGCCCUCCUGGAUCUUCGGGUUUGUGGCCAAGAGCCAGACAGAGUCACAGGAGAAUGUGUGCCACCUGUUUGCAGAGUAUGACACAGUCCAGCCAGCCUCCCAGGUCAUCGGCCUGGUGGGUGCCCUGCUGCAGGACACAGAAAGGAUGUAGAGGGAGGGAGCUUCCCGUGCACCUUCCUGGACAUCCGAAGGGGGCUAGAACCCCUGAGCAGGGGCUUGUGGCCACACUAAUGAGCCAAUCUAUUGGACUGGGGAGAACGGUACCAAGUUGAAACCCUGGAAACCUAAUGACCGUCAGCAGUGACCUUCAUCCAGACCCAACUGGGUCUCAGUUUCCUCAACCAUAAAAAGAGGCCAAUAGACAGGACCAGCUGUGCUUCUCAGACUUUGAUGGCAUCUCAACAAGCUCCCUGUGAUUCUGAAGCACGCCCACAUCUGAGGACCCCUGACUCCAUCAACUUGGACACUGCCAAUGCAGAAGCCUGAGUUAGAGACCUGCGACCCUCUGUCGUGGCAAACAGAAGGUGCUGGGUUGGGACCCAUGGGCCCCAAUGCUGACCUGGGAGAGGUGAUAUGCAAGGAUCGACCAAAGGAGGGAUGGACGGACUCUAUUUCCCUCCAUAUCUGUUCCUUUCCCCACUUCCGUAAUGGCUUCUUGGGCAGCUGUUCCCAGGACAAAGCAGGAUCUGCCUGCCCUGGAUUCUUUAGGCCAAUGUGGCCACAGUUGUCAGGGCGGCUUAGCAAGGGGGAUCUUGUCCUCAUGGUCAGAGACCACCCAGCUGCCCUCACAUCCUUGAUGUCUAGUUCCCACCACUGCAAAUGAGUAUCAGCCCCAUCUUUUCUCUCAAUUUUUUGGUAAGCAAGUGUCCUCCAGCUGGUGUCACAACUGCCCUAAUGUUACUUAUGUAACCCACGGGAGGGAGGUGGGGGCAGGGAGACCCUCUGCUCUCCAGAGCAGAUGCCAGGGCCAGCUUUCUCUGGUUCUGCCUCAGCUCCCGUCCUGCUGAGUGCCCCCUGCUUCCCAAAACACACACAUAGACACCCCGACAGGCCCAGCAGUAGGGUAUCUAUGGUCUUACAGCCACACGGGGGCAGCAGAGAGUCAUGAAUGCAGACAGGCCGCCAACUCAGGAGGUUUGGAGAAGCUGGGCAGUCUUUCCCCCACCCCCACCUCCGUCAAGACUCCCAAGAAGCUGGAAUCCUUUGUCUAACAGGCCUGGGGUCCUAAGAAAACCACACCGUGAGGGUGGAAGAGGAGGUUCAGAGAAGAAGCCCACUUUUGUUCUACAAGGAGCAAAUGCCUGCCCCCUCCCAGCUGUGGGCCCUGCCACCCCAUCGUUAUCAUUAUCUUUGGCCAAAGCUGGGCCUGACGGAUUGUGAUUUCAACCCAGGAAACCAAACCGGACUGAGGCUGCCCUGGGCUGGCGGGACCGGCUGAGAGCAGCCCGCCCAGCCUGUGCUCAGGCACUGCCCCAUCCCUGGAGAGUAGAGAACACUAGACAAGUUCUGAAGGUCAUAUUCAGGAGACUGGCAGAGAGCCCCCCCCUUUUACCCAUGGGAGCCUGUGUAGUUCUCAUGGAAAAUAAAGUGUCUGU